CCAGGGAAGUGCACCACUGUUUGCAGAGUGUGACUAUUUAACUGGAAACAGAAAGGAUCUCAGUUAUGUCCACCACUAAUCAAGACAAAUGUUUUCUCCACAACCAGAAGCGGAAUAGUUUUUGUCACAAUGAUGAAGUGCUUGUCUGCCUUAUCUGCCAACAAUCGAAAGAGCACAAAGUCCAUGUCUGCUGCCCAGUAGAAGAAGCAGCUGAACAGAAAAAGACAGAAAUCUCAGCAUGCCUCGAGUCCUUAAAGAAAAAACUCAAAGUACUAAUGAACACAAAGGAACAAUGGGAGGAAAUAAAAACCUAUAUCCAGACACAGGCAUGUGAAACGGAUACAGGAAUCAAGGAAGAGUUUAAGAAGCUCCACCAGUUCCUUAAGGAGGAGGAAAACACCAGAUUGCAGGCACUGAAACAGGAGGAGGAAACCAAGACUCAAAUCAUGUGUAAGAAGCUGGAAAACAUUGAAGAGCAGAUCAACACACUCUCCUCCACCAUCAGUGAUAUUGAAACAGCUCUCAAAGCACAGGAUAUACAGCUUCUACAGGACUACAAGAAGACAAAGAAAAGGCUCCAAUGCAGCAUUGGAGAGCCAGAGGUCAUCAGAGAUAUCCUGAUAAACUCUGCAAAGCAUCUGGGAUUGCUUAGUUUUCAAAUUUGGAAGAAGAUGGAAGACAUUGUCAGAUGUGUUCCUGUUGUUUUGGAUCCAAACACUGCCCAGUUCAACCUAGAGCUCUCUGAAGAACUGUCCUGUGUGCAAUACAGCAGCAAGAAGCUCCUACCUAACAAUACUGAACGUCUCAUCAACCGUGUUUCUGUGCUGGGAGCCACUGGUUUUACAUCUGGAAAGCACAGCUGGACCGUAGAUGUGGGCCAAGGCAAAGACUGGUACAUCGGAGUGGCCCUAGACUCCAUCCAAAGAAAGAAUACCAUCUUCCUCAGCCCUGCUGAGGGUUUCUGGGUAAUUGGCUUGAGCAAUGGAGACUCACUGUGGGCACAGACCACACCUCGCUCCAAGCUCCCAAUGAAGGAGAAGCCCAACAGGAUUACAGUAGAGUUGGACUAUGACAGGGGAAAAGUCAUUUUCAUCAAUGCUGCAGAUUCUACAAAGAUCCACACAUUCAAAGACAAAUUUACUGAGAAGGUUUUCCCCUACUUUUCCCCCGGAUUGUGUAAGGAUGUGCAAAAUGCGAGUCCAUUGACAAUCUGUCCCCAGAUAAUCAAAGUGAAAGUAGAAUAGUUUACCAUUUCUGUAGCGUUAAAAGCCGGGCUCCAU